GAAGAAAGCAGAACUUCUGUAGUCAAUCGUUCUGUCCCCGAACAAGUUUGUUGUUUUCCCAUUCGACGAUUGAAUAUAACACAUAUUUACGCAUUGCUUAUCCCGGUCAAUGCUGAAAACUGAACGUUUUGAAUCCCUCAGUUUGCUACAGAACGUUGGCGGUUGCAGAUAACUGUGCGACUGUGUCUAAUCGGGCUUUUAUUGCUUCUCGAUCGGGACAAAAUGUUUCUAUUUUCGUUGAUUGGAUUAUGUGUUGUUAUCUAUUAUGUAAUACAGUUAUUCGUGUUCUAUUUUUUGGACUGUGAUCUGGAGUUAUAUGUGUUGUCCAAAUUUGGCAAACCUGUUGAAUCCCUGCGAGGAAAGGUAGUAUGGAUUACUGGAGCAUCCAGUGGCAUCGGCCGUGAUUUGUCGAUUAAUUUGGCGAAACAUGGCGUGCGGCUUUGUCUCUCAUCUCGCAAACUGUCGGAGUUGAUGAAAGUCAAACAGGACUGUUUGCAGGCUUCGCGAGGAUACCUGCACAGUAACGACAUUUUCGUGAUGCAGAUGGAUAUGCUCGAGAUCGACAACCAUCAGAAAUACUUCGAUUCGGUUAUCGAUCACUUCAAAACGCUGGACAUUCUGGUGAACAAUGCUGGACGGUCUCAGCGCGCGGAAUGGAACACCAUUCAGCUGAAAGUCGAUCGGGAACUGUUCGAGCUGGACGUUUUUGCCGUUGUCAACCUGUCCCGGAUGGCGUUGAAUUACUUCGUGAGAAAUGGAGUGCAGGGUCACAUUGCCGUGACAAGCAGUAUCACGGGACUGGUCGCGUUCCCCAACUCGGCAACCUACACGGCGGCCAAGCAUGCGUUACACGGAUAUUUUGAAACUCUUCAGAAUGAGUCAUUUGGCAUCGAUGUGACCAUUUUCUGCCCUGGACCAACGGCUACCAAUUUUCUCCAGGAAUGUUUCACCAAUACGCCUGGAGAGAAAUUCAACAAACCAGUCAACGCCGAUGAUCGCCGCCUUACCAGUGAACGGUGCGCCGAACUGUAUGCCAUUUCCUUGGCUAAUAAAACCCCUCUCAGCUGGGCCGGUACUCGUCCGAUGAACUUCAUUUACUACAUCGGAUGCUACUAUCCCAACGUGAAGCGAUUAUUGAUCAAUACCCUAGGCAUCGCUAAUAUCGAUAAUUUGAGAAACGGUCGUCCACUUGGUAGUAAUUAGGUCUUAGUUUAUUUUAUUUUAUUGUAACUUUCUGCUUUUAGAAAAUAACAUGUCUCAAGUUUAUACAUCGUUUUUCAAGUAAAACCAAUAAAAAUAGACAACAUGCUA